AUGGCGUCCACCACCGUGAAAGACAGCAAACCAGCUGUCACGCAGAAGGCGACUCAAGAAGCCGCCGGAAUUCUCCACCACCCAUACACACGCGCCGCACUUCCCUUCAUCAACGGCGGUCUAGCAGGCAUGACUGCCACAGCCGUGAUUCAGCCCGUGGACAUGGUUAAAGUCCGACUGCAACUCGCCGGAGAAGGUGCACGCACCGGACCCAAGCCGUCUGCCCUAGGAAUUACCCGCAACAUCAUCGCCUCGGGCAAAGUUCUGGAUCUCUACACCGGUCUCUCCGCCGGUCUCCUCCGCCAAGUUUUCUAUACCACCGCUCGCCUGGGCUUCUUCGAGACCUUCAUGAAGAACCUGAAUGCCAAGGCCAAAGCCAACGACCGCCAGGUGACAUUUGCCCAACGUGCCGCCGCAGGGCUGACAGCCGGUGGUAUCGCAGCAAUGAUUGGAAACCCGGCCGACUUGGCACUCAUCCGCAUGCAGUCCGACGGACUUAAGGCCCCCGAAGCCCGCGCCAACUACCGGGGGGCCUUCGAUGCCCUGACUCGCAUUGCCCGCGCAGAGGGUGUAGCAGGACUAUGGGCAGGAGCAACACCAACCGUGGUGCGCGCCAUGGCCCUGAACAUGGGACAGUUGACAUUCUUCUCUGAGGCCAAGACACAGCUGAAGCAGCACACUACUCUGUCGACAUCGAGCCAGACCUUUGCCGCGUCGGCAAUCGCCGGUUUCUUCGCUAGUUUCUUGUCCCUGCCGUUCGAUUUCAUCAAGACCCGUCUGCAAAAGCAGCAGAAGGAUAAGUCGGGCGCUUUGCCUUACAAGGGCUUGGUGGAUUGUGCGCGCAAGGUUGCCAAGGAGGAGGGUUGGUUGCGCUUCUACCGGGGCUUCGGCACUUACUAUGUGCGGAUCGCUCCUCAUGCGUUAGUGGCCCCCACUCUUUCCCGUUUCUCCACUGACUUUGAUCUGCAGCAUGGUGACCCUCAUUGUCGCCGAUUAUCUGAACCUCAUCACCAAGUAAUUGAUGGUGAUACUGGCGUGAAUUUGCCCACGCACUGA